ACACCGGUGCAUUGCGUGCAGCGGCGCGGAAGCAGCGUGGUCCGUUCAGUGCCUGGCUGACUGACUGACAACCGCCGGGGAGAAAGAGAAAAAGUUAUUCUAAGUUCGAGGUCUGCACACUGCCAACAUGUCUGGAGAUGAGGAGACACCAGAACAGACCAUCGCCGAAGACCUGGUGGUCACCAAGUACAAGAUGGGAGCAGAGAUCGCGAACCAGGCUCUGAAGAAAGUAGCCGAGGCCGCUGCGCCUGGAGUCUCAGUGCUCAGCCUCUGUCAAAAAGGAGAUGAAUUCAUCGCAGCAGAAACCGGUAAAAUCUUCAAAAGGGAGAAAGACAUGAAGAAAGGCAUCGCGUUCCCCACCUGUGUGUCGGUCAACAACUGCGUAUGUCACUUCUCCCCUCUGAAAAGUGACCCUGAUGUAAUCCUGAAAGAUGGGGACCUUGUGAAGAUUGACCUCGGGGUGCAUGUUGAUGGCUUCAUCUCAAAUGUGGCUCAUAGCUUCGUUGUUGGGGCAACCAAGGACAACCCUGUAACAGGGCGGAAAGCUGAUGUCAUCAAAGCAGCUCACCUGUGUGCAGAAGCUGCUCUCCGGCUCGUCAAGCCAGGAAACCAGAACACACAGGUCACAGAAGCCUGGAACAAAAUCGCCAAGUCAUUCAAGUGCUCUGCAGUUGAGGGCAUGCUGUCUCAUCAGCUUAAACAGCAUUUGAUCGAUGGCGAGAAAACCAUCAUUCAGAACCCAACGGACCAGCAGAGAAAGGAUCAUGAGAAGGCGGAGUUCGAAGUGCACGAGGUCUACGCUGUGGAUGUGCUGAUCAGCACUGGGGAGGGAAAGGCAAAGGACGGAGGCCAGCGGACCACAGUUUACAAGCGAGACCCCAAUAAGGUCUACGGGUUGAAGAUGAAAACGUCCCGCACGUUCUUCAGCGAGAUGGAGAGACGAUUCGACACGAUGCCUUUCACUUUGAGAGCAUUUGAGGACGAAGCCAAGGCCAGGCUGGGUGUGGUGGAGUGUGCCAAGCAUGAGCUGUUGCAGCCGUUCGCCGUGCUGUACGAGAAGGAAGGGGAAUUUGUGGCCCAGUUCAAGUUCACCGUUCUGCUCAUGGCCAACGGACCUCUGCGGAUCACCAGCAGCCUCUUUGAGCCCGAGCUCUACCAGUCUAAGCACGACGUGGAGGACCCAGAGCUGAAGGUUUUGCUUCAGAGCUCGGCCAGCCGCAAGGCUCAGAAGAAGAAGAAAAAGAAGGCUUCAAAAACCGUAGAGAAUGCGACAGGACAGGCGAUGGAGACCGAAGCUGCCGAGUAAAUUUCAAUAAACGGUGGCAGGAACCCGAUGAACCCAAAGAACAGACGUCACGAUUCUUUCUGUCCCGGCUGUCUGAGGGACUCGAGGGCGUAUAGCUGCUGUGAAUGCCUCUGAUGUCAGUCUGGGAGGAAGCUGCUCCAGAAUCCUGUCACUCCUUAACUCUAAAACAUGGCACCGAGUCUCAUUUAUUCUAGACAAACUUCCUUUUACGUUCAUGAAUUUCCAUUCACACAUCUGCUUUUAAAAAAAAAACCUUAGCUAAUUAUCUGCCUCAUUGGUCCCUGGAAGACAUAUUUACACCAGAAAAACUCCCAUUGACUCAACUUCCCUAACGGUGAAGAAAAUAUAUAGAUUUAUAUAUAUAUAUAUAUAUAUAUUUUGUCCCAGCAGCUCUCCAGUUGACGAGAGCAAAGUCACACCAUUCAGAGAAUCAUUGGUGGUACAGUUGAAACCAUGCCUUUGAAAGGAGCGGUAACUUUUGCACAACAUGAUUGACAUACACAUUUUUUUAAUUAGAUUGUGUUGCUGACAAAUAAAGCUUAAUUCCAGCAUUUACAUUACGCUCAAUUAGGUUUGUGCUCUGGUUCAUUGCGUAAUCUUUCUAGGAGUCUACAGCAGGCUGCCUAGAUCACAGUUUCUACUCGCAUCUCGAGACUUGUCAUUUCAGUAAUGAAGUUGUGGGAGUGUGUGGGGUUCAUUUUCCUCAGUGGUGGACAGUUCAAACUCCCGUCGAGGUUUCGGCGUUCAGUCCUCUGGUGCCACCAGGAGGUCUGACAGUCGUCGGUUUUUACACAAGAACUCCAACAGCUGUUAAGAUUUAUGGGCGCUUUUGUAAAUCUUAGUUUCAGAGACUAUUUUUGGAAACAAUAAAUAACCAACUGACAUCAA